AGUUACACGUUUUUCCGGCAAAGCCGCGUUAUUCCAUUAGCAGCAGCACCAGCAGCAGCAUCCGUCGUCGUCGAGUAAAACCACGUCGUUCGCCGCCGUUGCGUACCUCCAUCGCCGCUCUUGGGGGAGGCUGUGUUGUUCGUCGUCGGAAGACCGCAGCAUCAAUCCAUCCCGAAAACCAAUCGAUACGGAAUUCAAUUUCGGCUCGGUCGUCAUCAAUCGUGAAGCGUCGCGGCGUGUGAAGAGUCCUGACACGUUCAGGACGUCGUCGUCGGUGUUUUUUUUUCUCGCGCGAAAGGAUGAACGUCGUCGUCGGGAUGUCCGUGGAAUAUCGCCGCUGGGAUGCACUUUCCUAGACUUUUACAGUGGAGUAAAAUUUCCAGCAACAUAACACAUAUCGGAACUGAAAAGUUUGUCAUAUCGGAGGAAAAGUUUUAAAGCAGUUUUUUUCCUCACGGGAAAAUUGAAGAAUUUCCACAUAUCAAAAGUAUCUGUCGGUCGAAGUUGCCACAACAACAUACACUUGAAGUGGUCUCGGAAGGGAUCUGGUGAAGAACAAGUUGUCCCUCUUCAGUUGUAGAGUGGAAUCCGUUGGUUUGUUUUGGAAGUCGAGUGGGUUGUUUCUCACACCACCUACUCGUUUUCACCGGUCGAGUAAAAAAUAUAUCGUUAACAAAUUGAACGGCAUGCGUGUGCCGCCAACCAGUGAAGUGUUGUGUAUUCGAAGCUUAUUUCUGUCUGAGGAAAUAUGAAACCAAAUUAGAACCGCUUAGUUCUUACGAUCGGUUGUCACGCUCGGAAGUGUUGUGAUUCCCAAGUGCCGUGUCCUGCUGCCCACUGUUUGACUGUACGGUGGAACCUUUCCCAAUAGCAGCGCGCGGUGCGGUGGUAGACUGAUAGGCGACCCGGCUUUUCGCGGCUGCUGACACUACCCAGAAACCACCCCCAGCAAACAAAAGGAUCCAGGUCAAGAGUGCAUGUCGUACUGCAGCAGAAUCAGAAGCAACAUACUGCAGGCGACAGCAGCUGGGAAUUACCAUCGCAUCCCCCCACUCAGUGCAAUAACAACAAACAGUGUGUUAGCUUCCAGCAGAAUGUGACUUUCGGUGCUUUGAGUACUCCGACUGGCGGGAAUCGAAACGAAUAUUGAAUUACUUGGCGCGGCCGGGAAACAAGUGCUCACACGUGACCUGAAUCAAUCGCGCGAUCUGCGGUGUUUGGUAAACAAAUCCAACUCCAGGGACGCAGGGAGCAGCGCCCAAACAUAGUGAAGUGGUUCGUUUAUUCGGUUUGUUCUGGCGGAGGAUUACACAUGCACGUCGAUUCCGGUUGGGGCCGGAUCUGAAAGUUUUUCUGAUUGCGAGAAGGGGAAACGUGAAGUGGCUGCAAUAAAUCAUUCCGGCUCGAAUGGCCGGCUUGUGAAGCGGAGAGUCGAAUAUAGAACGAACACCGCUAGGGGGCGGAACAGCUGAUUUCGGUAAAUUAUAACGCCCCGAAAAAAAAACGCCCAUCCAACGGGCAACUGAACCUGCAUAAAAUUCCAUCGUCACUGUCGACGUCAGCGCUUUCUUCCCGUUUUGAGCCGAAAAACCCCGUCAAAUGAAUCAUUGAAGCGUGAGCCAAAAAUAACAGGCCCCAAACAGGGGAAGAAAGAAGGACGAACCGAAAAACGUGACCAAAAUUUGAUACUGAAACACAGUAACUAGACCGAGGAAAAGGAGGCAAAAAGACUCGCCGCCGUUGGUUGGAGAUUCCCGAAGAUAAUUAGCAUAAUUGAAUAAGUGUCGAGCCCCGGCUGGAACUGGUUGCAGCUUACUCGAAAGAAAUCUCGGCCGGGACGUCGAUGAUUAGUUGCUGUGUUAUUGAUUUUACCGAAGGACUAAGUCAAAUACGGAUUUAAAGGACUACGAUGUGAGGCCGGCAAAGGAAAGGCGAAAAUCAAUACGUUCUGUGAUAUUGUUGGAUGCCGAUGUGAAAUUCUAUAUGAGUGUACUGAAGAAAAACGUGGGAAAAGUUUUAAUUGCUGAAGUUUCCGCUCAUGCAGGAGUCAAUUAAAUGAAGGUUGAAUGAAUAAAAGUUUUUUAAUGGGCAUAAAAUUCAAAAUCGUUAAAUUUUAACAGUUUUUAGGAGAGCUUAUUUUGAGUCUGGAGUGAAAUUUAAAUAUUUUAGAACUGGCAAAGCCGCACACUUAUAGUAAAGUCUGUGAAGUUUUAAUCUUCCGUUACUAAUAGUAAGAGAUUUAUCACUGAAAUGACCUACCGAAAACAUAAAGAAACCUAAUUAAAUAAUUAAGCGAUUACCAUCAGGAUCUCCGCUGCACAACCAAGAAAGGUGCCCCGAAAACAGUCAACCCUAAUUGGGUUCCCUCCUUAGACUAUUGUUACCUAGUUUAUGCAUGUAGGCACUAAAUUAAACUAGAGAAAAAGAAAAGUGUACGUUCAUUAAUCAGACAACUCCUCCUCGCCUAACUUUCGCCCGGAGCGCCCGGAUUUAGGCAACAUAAAGUGCAAACGACCCGAAGAAAAAGUGUUAUUACUUCAUGGCACGAAAAGCUUAAUCGGUUCGACGAGUACCAACCAUCCGAGAGUGAAGUUCUCUCCCCCCUCCGUGCACCUCGUGGUCACGAAAGUGAGCCGAAAGUGAUUGAAUAUUCCAGCCGUGCCAUCUAGGGGAAAAAAAAGUUAGUGAAAAAUUGCUGCGCCUACUCAUGGGCAACCAGCUGUGCAGCGCCUUUGUGUAUGCCGCCGUGUCCCGCGUUGUUUGAUCGCUUCCCAUCAAUUCUGCGUCCGGAAAGUAAAAUAUACAUAUCCGGAUUUCUGACCCCGACCCGCUCUCCCUGCCCACGGAAAGUUCGAAAUAAAAGUUUACUCGUCACAUUGCUCCGCGUUGAAUAAAUAAAAUUGAUGCCUAUUUGCUUUAUCAAUUGAUGAAUAAUUGCGGAAUAAAUUUUCGCGUAACGCAUCGUUGGUGGUCGAAAAGUUGAAAAAUCGCCGGUGCAAGUGUCAGACAGUCAGAUUAAUCAAUUAAAGUGCAAUAUUUUUGGAUCGUGAUCCGUGUCCCUCGUGCGCUCGAUAAUUAAACCCAAAACCCCACACGCAGGCGAUUAAUUGCAAAAUUGUUUGCCGUGUGAGUGAGCGGAGCUUGCCCAACCGAAUCGACGCAGCAGCAUGGCGAUGGUAGUGUCGGGCCGGGCCAAGGCCGUCAUAGCGGCCUUCGUGUGCUUCUUUCUGCUCGGGAUCGUUCUGGUGACCGGUUCGACCCGCGGUUGGUUCGUUCCGGUGCGGUACCAUAACGAGCGGGUCGCCGCCAGGAUACAGUCUAGUGGAGACGAUGAUGAUUCGUUCGAUCUGCCGAUGAUUUCACCACCCCCACCGGAGUACGGCUACCGGUCCAAGGGCGAGAAGGGCGAGCGAGGGCCCAAGGGGCCACCAGGCGAUGCUAUACGAGGGCCUCCGGGACCACCGGGUCCCCAUGGUCCGCCAGGACCUCCGGGGCCACCCGGGGCUGCCGGUCCCAGAGGGCCCGGUUUACUCGACGAAGGAUCCGGCGACGAUGCGAAGAGAUUAUCCCAGCUCUUCGACCUGCCGACCAGCAAUUUCCUCAAUAAGUGCUACUGCAACGUAACCGAAGUCAUAGAGGAUUUAAAACGUGACAUCACCCUUCGCGAGUACCUUCGUGGUCCCGAAGGACCACAAGGUCGCGAGGGAAAAACAGGCACACCGGGACUGACCGGAGCAACAGGACCCCCCGGUGAACGGGGUGUUGGCGGUCAGAAGGGAGACAAAGGAGACCGAGGAGAGCCUGGAUUACCCGGAGUGGAGGGUAUCCAGGGUAGCAAAGGUGAACCCGGCUUGGAUGGCAUGCCGGGUCCAGCCGGACUACCUGGUACUCCAGGACCUCCGGGUAUCCCAGAGAAUUUCGAUAUGAGUUGGAAUCCAUCGCGGAUGUUUAAGGAAUCGAUGCUGGGAGCACCCGGUAUCCAAGGGCUGAGAAGCGCAUCGCCGGGCUCGAAGGGCGAUCCGGGUGAAAAGGGUGACAUCGGCCUUGCCGGCCCAAAGGGCGAACAGGGCAGCAAAGGGGAACGGGGCGACCCGGGGCUCAUCGGUGCCAAGGGCGAAAGGGGUCACACAUCGAUAGGAGCACCGGGGCCAAAAGGAUCCGUUGGUCCACCGGGAGUGCCGGGCAUUCCCGGUCAAACGGGAUCGUCGGGAACGAAAGGAGACAAAGGUGGCAUCGGAGAUGUGGGCCCGGCAGGUCCUCCCGGUCCACCGGGAAUGGUGAUAUACUCGGAUGCGAAAAACUCCACCGGUGGCUCGGAUUGUCACUGCCAACCAGGGCCUCCGGGCGCACCAGGACCACGUGGGCCAACCGGCUUCGAUGGAACACCAGGACUGCCAGGAGAAACCGGUCUUCCAGGUCACCCAGGCCUACCCGGUGACAAAGGCGAUAAGGGAAGUGCCGGCCCGAAAGGCGAUAAAGGACCCGAAUUCAUCAUCAACGAAAAUGCCUCCUUCAACUCAUCCCGGUCCAGCAGAGGUGAGAAGGGCGAACGGGGGCCCCGCGGAAGGCGCGGAAAACCGGGCCCCAUCGGACCACCGGGCAGACCGGCCGGCCCGAGCGACAUGGGUACCAACUCGUGGUCGGGACGACCGGGAUCGAAAGGAGAUCAAGGACCAAAAGGAGACGUGGGGCCCCGCGGAGAAAAAGGCGAACGCGGCAGAGACGGAAUGGACGGCCGGCCCGGUCCACCGGGUCUUCCAGCGGCAUCCGGGGACAGCAUUCAGUACAUUCCAAUGCCGGGUCCCCCAGGGCCACCUGGUGCACCGGGAUCACCGGGCAUACCGGGAGUUUCCAUAGCCGGCUCGAAGGGCGAACCGGGCAUGGAUUCACGCAGCCCCUACUUCGGAGAUCCGAACUAUGCCGGACGAACAGGAAGCCGCUCAAGCUUAGACGAACUAAAGCAGCUUAGGGAACUGAAGCACCACAGGGAUCUAGAAGAUAGUACGCUCGGACCACCAGGACCUCCAGGGCCACCGGGUGCACCGGGGCGAGGCUACUAUCACGACAGCAGCGACGAAAUGCCGUCCAGCUACGGCACCAACGUACGAAUCGUACCGGGGGCAGUAACAUUCCAAAGCACCGAGGCAAUGUCGAAGAUGUCUUCUACGAGCCCAGUCGGAACGCUCGCCUACAUAAUUGACGAGGAAGCACUGCUGGUGCGGGUGAACAAAGGCUGGCAGUAUAUUGCGCUCGGCACACUGGUCCCGAUAGCGACACCAGCACCCCCAACGACCACCGUGAUACCGCCACCGCACCGGCCCGACCUGCAGGCCUCCAAUCUGAUCAACAACAUCCCCCAGCCAAUCGAAGGCCCAUCCUUCACAGCGUCUCCGGAAUACGAGUCGUGGUAUCCCCGAAUGCUGCGAAUGGGAGCGCUUAACGAACCGUACUCGGGCGAUAUCCAAGGCAUCCGCGGAGCCGAUUAUGCUUGCUACCGACAGGCGCGGCGGGCCGGCCUCCUGGGAACCUUCCGGGCGUUCCUGUCGUCGAGAAUAACCAAUCUGGAUACCAUCGUACGGAUAGCAGAUCGAGAGCUUCCCGUAGUGAACACCCGAGGCGAUGUGUUAUUCAACUCGUGGAAUAGUAUUUUCAACGGCCAGGGUGGCUACUUCCCGCAGACCCCGCGGAUAUACAGCUUCAGUGGGAAGAAUGUCCUCACCGACAUCAGCUGGCCCCAGAAGCUGGUGUGGCACGGUGCCAGCGCCCUCGGCGAGCGUGCAAUGGACACGUACUGCGAUGCGUGGCACACGGCCUCCCCUGACAAGGUCGGCAUGGCCAGCAGUUUGCUCGGCAAUAAAUUACUGGAUCAGGACCGGUACUCGUGCGAUAAUCGGUUCAUAGUGCUCUGCGUCGAGGCGCUACCCCAUGACCAGCGAAGGAAGCGGGACACUUUUAGUCAAACGUACGAAUUCACUAACGAGCAGGAGUACAGUCGCCAUCUUGCCGAAGUAUUGCAGAAAUCGUAAAAAAAACCUGCGUGAAAUCCCGCAACCGAGUCAAACACAAAGUAGUUACCCUUCCUUCCACAGCCACAAAAACCAUCAAGCGAACAAUAAGAAUACAAACAAUAGUUUAGAAAGACCCCACUAGGAAUCCAUCACAACGACAAGGACGAAGACGUGCAUAGACAAAAAUGCAACUCAAGGCUGCCAAAGUGAAGUGAUACUAAACCGGGCGGUGGUGCAUUCACAACCACCAUAAUCCGACAGACCCCGCACCGCAACGACACACACAUUCAGAACGAGAGGAUCAACACAAACGGAACGGACCUGGCCUACACCAGCACUUGUACCGCUGUGGCGAAGGAAAUCGGACGGAAAUAAAAUGGUUGAUUGUCAAAUUGACAUCGUUAUGUGGAGGUGUUCAGUAGGAAAGAUUUUUCUAUAGGUAUUUUUCAUGAACCACAGAAAUCGAAGUCAAUGCCAACAAUAUUAAAAAAAUAAAUAAACAAACAAAAUGAAAGCAAAACUGGACGAUAAAACUGUACACAAUAAUGAUGAUAAGGAAUGUAGUCAAAUUAUGGUUAUUAUUAAUGUUUCGCUCCUCGCUUGCAUGCCAGAAAAGUAAGAAAUUUUUCUAGGAGAAGUUCAAAAGUAUCGAAAUACGCUACGCCGAAUAGUAUUCCACAUGACAUAUUUAAAUAAAAAUCCAAAAACAUUGAGUGUUCGAUACUUUUGACCUUCCCCCCAUUCAGUGAUUGUAAAAAUGAAUCCUUCUGCAUUUAAAUAUAGUAAAAAAUGUUUUUCUUUUGUGCUCUUAUUUGAAUGCAAAAUGCGCGAAUGUGUGAACGAUGUAAUUGAGAGUUUUACAACUAGGAGAUAUGUGGAACUUUUAUUUAUUCUUCCAUCUCUUCCAAGAACAACCUAAACAAUUGAAACUCUACUCGUGUGUACACUGGUUAAAAAGUCUCUAGAUUUAAGUGGAGAAUUGUAUGUAGCAGACGGAGAGUUUUACUUUGUUAAGAAUUUUGAGAAAACCAAAAAAAUUAAUCAGUGUUGUGAGAUGGAAACCGAAAUAAAAAAUCUGUAACUAAGCAUUUCAGAACUUUCCACUAUUAAUGAAAUUUUUCGCUUAUGACAUGAAACUGCUAGGUUUUUCAAAAAGAUUCGAUGUCACUUGUUUUUUUCGAUUGUAGAUCACCAACGAAUGGCAUUUAAAAGUGAUUACAAUACACGUACUCCAUGAUGGAGGCACGCUUUCUGCAUGGAAAUACCUUCCACCGCUGUACAAAAUAAAAUAAAUGAACAUCCGCGUGAUGAACAAAAGUUCACCAGAUUUACAUGCUAGGCUCAUUUUAUGUAAAUUUUACAUUUUUCCACAAAAAAAAGCAGAAAAGCGCUUCCAUCUCCAUAACAGUUACUUAAUUUGCAUUGAAUGAUCAAAACUGUUACAAAAAAUAGACGACAGAUCAGUAGGCCAAUAAGAAAUUACCUGAUUGAUCACCGAGAAGAAAAGUGAACCUCUCACCUAAUUAGAACACAAAUGAUUCCAACAUAUUUCCUAUUUAUUUGGUGUAGAUUAUGUGUUUGCUAUCUUUGUUUAAGGAUGCUCCCUACGACCUAUAUCACAUGAUAUAGACAAUCUUGCUAUAAUACGUCAUACACCUACAUUAUUUCCAGUAAAAACUAGAUACUAGCAUGAUGAUAUUCUUUAUCAAGUUAUAUAGCUCAUAGUUUGGCCGAUACAUAAUAGUAUAGUCCUUUUGUUUGCAGUCUUUUUAAAGUUUAUUAACAUUUCAACAGUGUUUAAAACAUCCAUAUAGGACGCAUAAUCCACACCAAAAUAAAUAAUUAGUUUAUCAUGUUUCAUGCAACUGUUUUUUCAGUCAUGCCAUGAUGAAAAAACAAACCCGGUUGAGAGGUAACUUGGACUAAAAAUGUUUAACUGAAGAAAAUCAGUAACGGCUGACAUCAUGUAAUGGAAUGAUAUGAAUGCUCUUUAAUGUUAAAGGCGAUCGAGCUAAUUGUAACAAUAAGAAACAUUGUUUUUGUAAAUAAAAGAUCAAGAUCUACAUCUGGA